AUGCAUAACACGAGAAGUCAUGGUUCAACUGUGCACAGUAGUGAACGCGAAGUGAUUCGUGGAGUUAUCCAGUGUUGUGAUCAGGAAGCGAAGGACAAAUCUUUGUUGUUUCCUAUUUCAAAGGCUACGGAGCGGGCUGCAAAUUACUGCAAAGUUUCUCAAGCUACUGUGAAACGAAUCAGAAAGGAAGGGAAGCUGACACCUGAUUCAAAAUUGAGUACCCCUGGAAAAAAAAGAAAAAGACCUGAUCACCGCAACGCUACUAUUGAUGGUUUUGAUAGACGUGUCAUUCUGGAUGUAAUCAGAGAGUUUUAUGUCCAGAAAAAAGUGGUUCCAACUUGCAAAAAGAUUUUGCCAAUUUUAAAAGAAAGGAUAAAUUUUGGAUGGAGUGAUUGGACUUUACGCCGUGUCCUGAAAGAAAUGGGGUUCAGGUGGAAAAAAUGCAAGUCCAGGAGGAAGGUUUUGAUAGAAAGAAACGAUAUUGUAAACUGGAGAUGUAAAUAUUUACGUGAAAUAAAAAAAUUCAGGGAGAAUGGCCGUAAAAUCUUUUAUCUGGACGAGACGUGGGUGGAUGGAAACUUGACGUUUAAAAAAUGUUGGCAAAAUGAUGAGAUUGAUGGAGUGCUGUCUGACAUGAAUUCAUCUAAUAGACUUAUUAUUGUUGAUAUAGGCUCUGAGGAUGGAUUUUUAACUGGAGGAAGACUGAUUUACAAAGCUAACAGUACCACUGGUGAUUACCACGGUCAGAUGAACGCCAAUAAUUUUGAAAAAUGGAUACGGAAUCAAGUUAUUCCAAACUUACCUGAACAUUCCGUACUGGUAAUUGACAAUGCUCCAUAUCAUGGGGAGCAAGAAGACAAAGUGCCAACAAAAUCGGCCACUAAAAGAACAAUGCUUGAAUGGCUCCAAAGGCAUGGUGAAAACUACGAUGAGAAGUCCACCAGAAAAGCAGAUUUGUUAGAAGCAAUUCAACGUUUGAAACCUCCACAAAAAAUAUUUAAAAUAGACAAACUCCUGACAGAAUUCGGACACACAGUAGUACGGCUUCCACCCUACAUGUGCGAUCUUAAUGCUAUUGAGUUCGUCUGGUCGAAGGUUAAGCACCAUGUAAGAUCCAGAAAUACAUCAGGAAACAUGUCACUAAGUUCUCUGCAAGAACUUGCCAUCGAAGCUUUGGAUAGCGUCAGUAAUGCCACAUGGAAAAACUUUUGUCACCACGUCAUCAAUAUUGAGAAGGACUACUGGGCCAAGGAUGGCUUGAUGGAAGAAGCCGUGGACGAGAUGAUCAUACAUCUUGGGGAGGAAAGUGACGAAUCUUCAUCCAGCUCUGUGGAUGGUAACAACGAUAGUGGUUCUGAAGACAACGAGGACAUGGACUUGGCACAACCUCUUCCAUUAAUAUAA